UCCCCACAAGCUCAAUCUAAAAUCAAGAUCAAAUUGGGACCGGACCGGAUCAAGAGCGGACUGUAUCCAAUCCAAUCUUUGGUUCUUAUAUUCCCGAAAAGACCGGACUGGGACCAGAUCAAUUUGGUCCAAUUUAACCGGACCAGACUGUAUAGCCACCCCUAGUACCACCUUUGUUUUAACUCGGGGUUUGAAAAAUUUUGCCAAAUAAAAAAAGAGUUCAUCAUGAUAUAUUGGAUAUACAAAUUUAUUUGGGGGAGUUUAAGACCAAAUAUACCACUAUGGUAUAUGAUGAUGAAAUGUGGUAAAUGACGGUUAGUACAUUCCCACUAUCAUUAAUUGUAUGCAACCAUUCUAUAUUAUGCUAUGUUCAUACCACGUGGUAUAAUAUCAUAUACUACCGAGCAUUAUCACAUGUUAUGAACUAGUAAUAAUUGUCUCAAUUUAUUUCCAAAAUUUAUCAAAGUGGAUGUAAUUUUGAAGAGCACAAAUAUGAUUUAUCUCUACAAAACAAAUAGAUAUAGUCCGUUGAAAUUAAUUGGGGAAACAGUUAGAAGUCGUCCAUGAAAGGUUAUUGACGAGUAAGUUUUUUUUUUAAACACUGACUAGUAGGUUAUGCAUGCCAUGCAUCCACUCCCCUAUAAUUUGGUUUGGGUCGAUUAUAACAGAGUAUCGUUGUUUUCGUAUUCUGUUUAGUUUUUGGAUCAAUCAUCCAACACAAAACCAAUGUCAAUUGCCACAUACAUUUAUAAUUUUCAACUUUAAUCAACCAUAUAGACGGAAACCCCAUAUUAAGGCUAUUUCCUGUGAACUUUUUUUAUAUUGCUCAUCAAUUUUUUAGUAAGAAGUUUGAAUUUCAAAGUCAUACCCUACAUCCACAAACUCCUUCCUUGCGGGAAUUCUGAAGGAGCUCGCUAUUAGUGAGCGAAGCCGCCGGCCAACCACUACUCGCCGCCAACCCAAACCCAAUCUUCCGCACAUAUGUCGACGACAUAAGACCAGGAACAUUACGAUUUUGUCUUGGGUUUUAGAAUUUUGGCUAAAAAUGCGUAUUCCAUAUUCUCCUGUGGUACUUUCAUCUCCAGUUCUUCAUAUGAUGUGUUGAUGGUUGGUAGAGGUGUGGUGUUUGUAUUACUGGUGGUUCUAGUACGUCCUCUUCAUGUGUUUUGUUCAACCUUAGUUGAGCUUGAUUUUAUUCUUCGAGGUUACCGUCUUUUCUUGAAAUUAAGCAUCACUCAAGCGGAUCGUCAGAUGUGAAGUCUUAAAUAGAGCAGACAGGUUUAAGCGUGAAAUUGUUUUGGAAUUCAUCUUUAUCCCCAUGUAAGUGGGCAUGCUUCAUCCCAUCGCUUUGAUCAAUGUAACGACCUCUGACCGCACUCUUAGCGUAAGCUUUCCAUUAUGUGCAUCUAUAAGUGUGUGUGCAGUAGACACGAAGGGCCUUCCUACCAACAAUGUAGCAUCAUCAUCAUCAGUAUCCAUUAUAAAAAAAUCAGCAGGAAAAUCAAACAAACCAACUCUAAUGAGCAUCUUCUAGGGUUCCUCUAGUAGGCUUUGACGUUUUAUCGGCCUAUUGUAUGGUCAUUCGAGUGGAAGAAAGUGUCCUUAUCUUAUGUUUUUUAAACACGCAUGUUGGCAUGAUGUUAAUACUAGCUCCCAAAACGGAUAGACAUUUAUCAAUAUCACAGAACCAAUAGUGCAGGGUAUAGUGAAAUUCCCUUCUCUUAGUUUUUUGGUAAGGCUCGUUGGCUCAAUACGGCAAAGCAUUGCUCAUUGAGUGUGACUGAUGUGGCGUCUAACCAUUCUUGUUUGUUAGUUAAGAAUUCCUUCUCGAAUUUGGCGUAUUUCGCUAUCUUCCCAAUUUCUUCUAUCAACGGCAUUGUCGAUGUGUAUAUUUCUUAGCAUUCCCAUGAAUUGGCAUACUGCAGCAUUGUCUUUCUACUAGCUUUCCUCAAUUAUGCAGGGUAUGGAGCUUCAGUAUACUUAACGAUGUUAGGUUCUUUACUUAGGAAGGGGGAUAGGUGGCAUCUCCAAUAUUUCUUUGGUUGGAUGCCAUGUUGAUAUGGUCUUCAACAUUUCUGGGUGGUCGCUUCGAUUCUACGUUGCUUCGUGGAAGUGGUAGAGUCUUAAGGGGUUCUUCUACUUCAGGAAAAGGAUGUGUCAUGGUCUCUUUCCCACUUAUUGUGAUGACUUUUAGAUGGCCUUGUACUCCCUAAUAUGAUUUAUCCCAGUCUUCCAUACAUCUCGAUGAGACGUUCUUCAUAAACUUAUUGCUUAUUAUUGACACCCUUUACAUCUUCUAGUAUCAACAUCAAUUUGAACCAUCCUUACUACCUUUGAUGAUAAGCUUUGCUACAUCCACUAAGUUUGUGACCUUGUGAUGGUCAGGAGAGUCUAGAUUGAUUUUUGAGAGGCCAAUUUCCAAUUGAUCGUAGAGGUCAAAUAUUUAAUCCUCAUGUAUCCUUUUUUUUUUUUUUUUUUUCUAAAUUAAUCUCUCUGUGCAUGAUAGAAAGGCUAACCCCACACUUUUCUUCUAAUAGCUUUUCCAUACUAGAAUGCUUGUUUUUUAGUAUUGAGUUUACACACUUCUUCUACUUGCCUCUUUUCCAUGGAAACCUAGAAAACUCCACUUGUAAGGUGGAAUUUUCCUUUGCCAUUGCUUCCAUUUGUUUUUCCAUUUCUUUCAUAGAAUCUUGGAUAAUUUGUACAUCAUUGACUUGUUUUGGGAGUGAUUUUAUCCUUGCAAUAUUCUUGAUUCUUCGUGCUAGUAGGGAUGGCAAUCAAACCCACGGCCGCGGGUAUCCGACCGUCCCCGAGCCUCCCCAUCCCCAUACCCGCCCCACCAAGAUAAUUUCUUCAUAUUUUAAAAAAUAUAUGCAUCAAAUUAUAAUCUAUCAAUGAUGAUGAGGAUAACUUGAGAAAAUAAAUAGUAGAAAUGCAAUUGAUUGACCACCUUAAUCAAAAUCUAAUUCAUUUCUCUCAAUUCUCAAUUCACUCUUUCACUUUCCCCCUUGUCAACAAGAUUAUGUUAGUUAAUUAUUAUUUAGUAGAUGUAUCAGAGUUAGAACAUAAUAAUUUGAAAAAUAUUAUACUCUAUAUUAUGUAUUAAUGGAUAUUUUAGGAUCAUAAUCUUUGAACCAUAUUAAAAAAAUGACCGUGUUUUAUUGACUUCGUGAUAUAAUAUUUUCGUUUAGAAUUAUAAUUAGAACUUUUCUUGUAAGUUUUAGGUAUAAUAAUGUUGGAUGUACGCGUAUGGGUAUUACCCAUGGGUACCCGAAACCCACGGGUAUGGGGCGGGUAUGGGUUUGGAUAUUUGAUGAUGGGUAUGGGGAUGGUUUAAGCAAACCCGCCCCAUUGCCAUCCCUACGUGCUAGUGUCUCCUAUGUCUUCCUUGAUUUAGUUGCAUUUGGUUGAGUUAUGUCUCCCCCUGCCAAUUCAUUAAUAUGUAUGGCGGUUGUUCAUCCAAACCUUUGUAUAAUGCCUUUGCGAGUUGUUUGUUGCUAUAUCCAUAAUAAGGGCAAGUGUGUAACAAGGAGUUGAAACACUCCCAUACUCUAUGGAAUGGUUUUUCUUCUUUUCGGCAGAAGCCAAUGAUUUGGGAUGUGAGCUCGUCCGUCCUCCUUGGGGGAAAGCAUUCUUCGAGAAAUGCUUGUGAAAGAGUUUACCACAUGUUAGAUGUGUUUGAUGGGUUCUCAUCAAGCCAAACUCUUGCGGUCAAUGAAAAAGAUAAGAGUCUCAAAUGUAGAGCUUCUUCUUCACCCCCUGGUUCUGAAAGGCAAAUAUUGAGAAAGUUCUUAGUGUGUAACACAAGAUCUUCAUCAUUUUCUCUAGAGAAAUGUUUCAUUUCUAAUUUCUUGUACCAUUCUAAUUAAGGAUGGUCUUAACACAAUAUAUGUUGUAGGGUGGAUUAUGAUGGACAUGAGAUUUGAUGCUCUGGGUCGAGAGUAUUCAAAUCUCUUUCUUUUGAAGUACUUUCUUAUAGUAUUCCUUCGUGUGAUUUGCAACUCUCUGUUCUUGUAGGUUCAAGUUAUGUAAAACAAGACAAACUUCAGUGUAAUACUUUUAAAAGCAUCAAACACAAGGAGGUUGCCUUCUUUUAAAUACCAUAAAAAAUAUCUAGCAACGACACCAGUAACUUAAUGUGACUGUAGUAUAUCACAAAGUAAUAAUCAUUGAUUUUGUCCAGCGUCAUAUUAAAUGACUCUUUUGAUAACAACUACUUUGAAACUAAUCUCUUGGGUUCGAAUAAAGAUGUGACCGAAAUUAAAUGCGAUGGGCUGAGGUUCCCUAAUGAUGGCUAAUUUUUCUACUUUAACUAAAGCAAGUAAUUAAAACAUUAAAGCAAGUAAAUUGAGUAACAAUGAACCAAGUAUGAGAAACUAUUGUUUAGGUAACUUCAUCUAGAUGAACAUGCAUAAUAACUCUUUAAUGAUAAUGCAUUCAUGAGUUCCUUACAUUAUGAUGCCACAUCUCCUCCACUAAUGUAUUCCUAAUAGAAUCUUCACCACAUUCAGAAGGAAUCAAGACUAGCUAAUGUGUGAUUUCGCUUCAUGCAACUAACAAAUCAAUCACGAACAAUAGAUCAUAUACAACACUUCGAUAACUAAGCCCCGCACGAAUACCAUAAUAUUGGUCCUUCAAAUUGUUUACCUUCUUCAGGGUGCGUUCUCGACAACCUAUAUCAAGCAUCAAGCAUAUACAUACAUGAAAAGUUGUGUAUUCAAUUCAUACAUGCAUAAGUUAAUGGCAUACCAUAUAAGAGCAUUUUCCUAGCAACAUGUAUUGAUAUUAAGCGCAAACCAAGAUAGAAUAUAAUAGAAUGAAAACAUCAUUAGCAUAUCAUUAAAUCAUCAAAAUUGAAACAUGAAACAUCAUAGAUUUCACAUUCUAAACAAUAAUAACUUUAGAUAGCAGUCCGAGAGAGGGAUGAUAUACCCAUCGAUGAUGAAGGCAUCUCCAUUGAACUGUGACAUAACUUCAUCUCUCCGGUGAAUGUUAAAAGAAUUGAAAUAAGGAAAAACUUCCCGUGAGGCAACUUUAGCCGACAAAAUCGAUUCACUGCUAUGUACUGGUGUAGAACCCAGUAGAGGAAGUUUGAAUCUUAUUGCCUCGGUUAGCUUACGCAGGUGGAGGCUAGUCGCUCGACGGGUAUUCAAAUUGAGAGGGUUUGGAUCACUUUAGUCAAGACUUCAGAUUGUUUGAGAACUUUCUGCAGUUUAAACAUCAAAAGACCUGACUUAGGUGAAUUACAACUUGGCCUAACUGCGAUCUAGAGGACACAUACCUGAGUGAGCCUUCUUAAUCUGAAUACAACCUUUACUUGCUUUCUGUUUGUUUUUGCUUGUGAUAAUCUUCACUUGCAAUGCACUCAAAAGCGCGAUUCUACCUAGAAGCGGAAAAUGGGUAAAAUCGUAAACCGUAGAAUCAAAGCCUAAAAACGUAAGUUUUUUACGCAUACUGUAAAAUAACAAAAAAUGUGUUAAGUACGACAUAUACUAUGUAAAAUAUGAGUGCACAUAGUUUAGAUAAGUUAAUAAAUACUUGUAAUUCAUGUCUAAACUCAUAACAUUUUAACAAUAAGUUCAUAAACAUAUAUCUUAACCAUAAGCUACCUUCCCCUCUAAGCUAGUGAUUUUGAGAAGCGCCUAGUUGGUGAAUUAGAUUACUCUGUUGAAACUAAGAAUGCACCCAAGUACUUGAUAUGUAUCUUUUAAUCUUAAAUAUAUCAUUUUUUUUGUGAUUUACCUGUAAAAUAUAAGUAUUUUCGUGAAUAGAAUACUCCUUUAGUG